CACUCCCCGGGCCGCUUUUGGAACGCGAUCGCGCCCCGAAGCGCUGCGGCCUCGCCUCCCUCAGCGACGCCGCCUCACGGCGUUUGGGACCGGGCGGGCCCUGCGGGCGCUGAGGGCCACGCUCGGCAACCGACAGCCGGUGCAAAGCCCUCGUUUAUCCCCGCCGUGUUUAUCUUCCGGAGCGGCUGGGGGGCGGCUUUCCGGGGUGGAGCGUGUGCCGGGACCGGCCCGGCUCCGGGCCGUGUGGGAGCGGCUCUGGCUGAGGGAGGUGGUGAGCCCAGCGGGCACCAUGAGCGUUUCACAGAACAAUGACACUAAAAGACAGUUUCUUCUAGAACGGUUACUGGAUGCAGUUAAGCAGUGUCAAAUACGAUUUGGAGGAAGAAAAGAAAUUGCUUCAGAUUCUGAUAGCAGAGUCACUUGUUUGUGUGCUCAGUUUGAAGCUGUGUUACAGCACGGUCUGAGGAGGAGCCGAGGAUUAGCAUUAACAGCAGCAGCAAUCAAACAGGCAGCAGGUUUCUCCAGUAAAACUGAAACAGAGCCAGUGUUUUGGUACUAUGUGAAAGAAGUUCUGAAUAAACACGAACUGCAACGCUUUUACUCUCUAAAGACAAUUACUACAGAUAUUGGCAGAGGCCGGGCUUGGUUGCGCUGUGCACUGAAUGAACAUUCCCUGGAAAGAUAUGUUCAUAUGCUGCUUGCAGACAAGAAUCGACUUAGUGUCUUCUAUGAAGACUGGUCUUUUAUGAUGGAUGAAGAACGUUCUAGUAUGAUCCCUACAAUGGCAGCGGGUCUGAACUCCAUUCUUUUUGCCAUCAACAUUGAUAAUAAGGAUUUAAAUGGACAGAGCAAAUGUACACCCACAGUGUCUGAUCUGUUAAAGGAAUCAACACAAAAUGUAACCUCAUUAUUGAAAGAAUCCACUCAGGGUGUUAGCAGCCUUCUCAGAGAGAUAACUGCAUCCUCUGCUGUCUCCAUCCUAAUAAAACCUGAUCAAGACACUGACCCACUUCCUGUUCUCUCAAAGAAUGUAAAUGCUGACUUGAAAUCUAAAAAGGAUCGCAAAAAGAAGAAGAGAGUGACAAAUAUAAUCUCAUUUGAUGAAGAGGAAGAUGAACAAAAUGUGGGGGAUGCCACAAAACCUCUGGUUACAGGAGAAAGUUCAGAGGAGAAUUUAGAUAAAUCUUCAGUUUUUAUAUUACCCUCAUCUGAAACCAGUCUUGGAAAAAGUUUGAGCGGAAAUGAAAGUAACCAUUCAUGGAAAAGCAAUUCAGUGUUCAUGAAUGGAGAAUAUGAAUACCAGAAACUAGAUGUGAAGAGUAUUGAUGAUGAAGAUGCAGACGAAGAUGAGCUUUAUGGAAAAACACUAGGAAAUAAAGGCACAGAAAAUGAAAUUGAACCUUCAGAAAAGCCUCAUGAAAUAGUCACAUGCAACUCUCAGAUAUGCAGUUGGAGUCCUCUGCAGGUCCUGAAUGAUGACUCAGAUGUUCUAUUUCCUGUCAGUGCUGUUGGCUCUUACUCCCAGACUGAUAACCUGGAGAAUGGAGAGAGACAUGAAAGUGGUGUUCAUGCAGUAGAACUGAUUCCAAGAAGAUCUGAUCAUCCUUACAGACUGGAAGUCAAUCCUGCAGCUCAAGUGAAUACUUUAAGCAAUAUGUUGCCUUCAGCCACUGUGCCGGAAUCCAUGACAAUUAACGAACUUCGUCAAGCUAUUGUGGCCAUGAUGAACAGAAAGGAUGAACUGGAAGAACAGAAUAGGUCCCUGCGAAACCUGCUUGAUGGAGAGAUGGAGCAUUCUGCAGCACUGAGGCAGGAAAUGGACAACUGGAGAAGGAAAGUAGCAGAACAGGAAGAGCGGCAUGCCACAAAAGUCCAAGCCUUGGCAAGAGAAAAUGAGGUGCUAAAAGUGCAACUUAAGAAGUAUGUUGGAGCUGUCCAGAUGCUCAGAAGAGAAGGUCAAACAGUGGAAGUUCUGCCAAACAUUUGGAGCACUGAUGGUGAAUUUACUAUUCCAGACCAAAAGCAAGCAGAAAACAACGAGGAACUAGCCAGCUCUUAUGAAAGAAAAUUGAUUGAGGUGGCUGAAAUGCAUGGGGAACUGAUUGAGUUUAAUGAGAGGCUGCACCGUGCUCUGAUGGCUAAAGAAGCUCUUGUGUCCCAGAUGAGACAAGAACUAAUUGAUUUGAGAGGGCCGGUCCCUGGAGAUUUGAGUCAAACAUCUGAAGAUCAGAGCUUGUCAGACUUCGAAAUAUCAAAUCGUGCUCUUAUUAAUGUUUGGAUUCCCUCUGUCUUUCUGCGUGGAAAAGCUGCUAAUGCAUUCCAUGUUUAUCAGGUUUAUAUUAGAAUAAAGGAUGAUGAAUGGAAUGUGUAUCGAAGGUAUGCAGAAUUCAGAAGCUUACAUCAUAAGUUACAGAAUAAAUACCAGCAAGUAAGGACUUUUAAUUUUCCACCAAAAAAGGCCAUUGGAAACAAGGAUGCAAAAUUUGUAGAAGAGCGACGCAAACAGCUACAAAAUUACCUAAGGAACGUAAUGAACAAAAUUAUUCAAACUGUGCCAGAAUUCACAGCCAAUCCCAAAAAAGAGACUCUUAUUCAGCUGAUGCCCUUUUUUGUUGACAUUCCACCUUCUGGAGAACCAGUAAGCAAAAUCAACCGCUCGAGAGUGACUACCCGUUUCCCUAAACUGUCUCGCAGCCAUCAAAGAGAGCCCCGAAGCCUGGAACCUCAGAGUGGUGAUCUUUGACCCUUUUUCGUAAUUGUGAAUGCUGGAACCAUGUACUUUAAGUUGCUCUGUGAUUCCUUCCUAGCUUAUAUUUAUAAUUUAAGCUCCUGAAGAGACUACAGCUGCAUCAACUUAAAUCCUGAAAGGAGACAUUCAUAACUAAGGGUCAUAUCCUGAUUAAAUACUUUGGAAGGCAGUAAUCACUUUCUCAAAAGGAAUGCAAGAGCUCUUCACUGGGGCUCAGCAAACAGAUAGGCAUUUUAUUUGUUUUCUGAAGCUGCAUUGCACAUAUUCUCCUUUGUUCUUCUGAAGUUACAUUCUUCUGAAUUCCUUGUUUGUAUUGUUUUGUCUCACUUUCUACAUGUACAUUUUUCUGGUCCAGACAUGGGUAUCGUGUCACCACAAUUUAUUUUCCUUAAAGAACAGUUAUGAUUAUUACUACUUAAUAUGUCAGAAAGAUGUGCUUGAAAGAACCUCACUAAUUUAUUACCUUUUGUAAAUAGAAAUACUUUUUUUUAAUUAUUAUUGUAAACCUCUGAUACACACAAAAGUUUUUUUAAAAAAACUUGACAAAGUAGGUGACAAGGGAAAAACAGUACAGGUGUAAAAAUAGCUUUUCUAUGUUUCUAGUUAGGUGUUCUCAAUAGCUUUCAUUUGUGGGAAGUAAUUCUUUAAAAUCAGAGAAUGUAAUAAUUCUUAGUGAAAUUUCAGUCUUGCUAUAAGGCUGGGUGCAAUAUUAUUAAUUUCUACAAACCACCACAAGUAUAUACAAAAUCAGCAUGAUACAAAAGUGUUUUCAAGUCUUGGGUUAUAUUUUAUUAUUAAUUUGUCACUGAUGCUACAGAACAGUCCUUCAUCAUUAACUGGGCAGCUGGAAUUCUUACUCUUUUUAAAAAUCCUUCACAUAGUGAUAAUUAAGAAUUGCCUGUAAUGAAAGUGCCUGUUACCCAUCACCUCUCGCUGAACAGUAAUCUGUGAUGGUACUGCUGCAAGAGUAACUGAAAAAAAAAAAUUGACAAGAAUUAUUACAAGUGAUGGAAGUCCUGACAUGGAUUAACUGGAAUCCAGUUCAGCAUCCAUUAGCUGUACUGCCACAGGCAGUUAAUUAUGUGUCAGCUAUCUUCCUUUCUUCAUUAAGUUUAAGCAGUGCACACUGAAAUUUUCUAUCAAUUGUAUUCUGGUUUUCCGUUGUGUAAGAAUAUCUUUCUUCUCAGAAGUUUUUCUUUUGGAGAGCAUUAACAUGGUGUAUCUUGUCAUUUUAUUAUCUGUUAAUUUUAUUAAAUUCUCCCAUCAGUAGAUCAUGAAAUCUCAUGUUACCCUGCAAGAGAAAAAAAAAGCCACCCCAACAACAACUGAUGAUUAAUAAACUCUUUACAUCAGUGCUCUAUCAAAGUUCUGGCAAACUGGAACUUCUGCUUUUCAGACCUGUGACCAUUGUGUAUUCUUUAGCCAAGCAUGGUCCAGUCGUUUUGCGACACUUCUCAAGUAGGGAUUCAUUACAUACAGCAAGUAGUGUCUGUGGGCUGGUACAAAAUUCAGAAUCCAAAAGGGCAGCUUGGGAGCUAGCCAUUUUUAUUUAUUUAUUUAUUUUUAUUAAAAGGUAAAUAAUUAUUGGUGUUUUGUGUAAACUAAAACAACACAUUUAUUGAAGAAGGAUGGAAAGUGUGUAUCUAGUCAGCUAACACCUCUCCAAACUCUUCAGUCUGAUACACUGCUGACACAUUAAAGUUUGCCUUCGUUGGAAGGAAAAGUAGCUGUAAUGAUGGUCCCACUUGGAAACAAUUUUAAAUUAACUUUUCAGAAAAUAGAGCCUUGUUUAGUAGAAAUAUGACACAUCUAUUAACACUGAAUUGCAAGUAAAUCUGAAAGAAAUCGUAGUGUGGUAUGCUUUGUGAUUUAUCUGUUUGUCAUGUGAGGCUGUAUUCAUUUUCAGGAAAUAAGUCACAAAUUAAAGGAUUCCUUAUUCAGAAAGUUGCAAAUGGUAAGAAUUCUCAAUUAGCAUAGCCUAAAUUAUUACUAUUUUUUUUUUUAGUUUGGCUCUUAUUUCAUUCCUCAUUAUUUUGUUUCUUUUAUUUUCUAAUGUAUGUAUGUAGAUCACACGAAAAUACUAAGCUUGUUUACUGUGUACAAAUUGUUCUUUAUUAACUUUACCUGAAUUGUGUAUCAGCUCCUAAGAUUACAGUCUGCAAUGUUUGCCUUGUGAUACAAGGUAGGGUAGUGGGUGCAUUACUAAUCCAUUUUCUCAGAAGCUAAUUAAAUUAAGCCUUUCUUCACAAGUCAGCUUUCCCUAUUCACCUGGUUACUUCUGAAGUAAGGUGCUUGCAUGACUGCAAGGAGAUAGGUGUUGAUAUCUGUCAACAUAUGUGAAUGCCCACAUUUUUAGCACCUCAGGACAUUCUAAAAUGCCCUGUCUUUCUGAGAAUUGUAAUUCUCUGUCACAUGUUCCACUUUUUCAUUUAUUUACAAAAUCAGGGAAGUCUGUUGACGAAGGAUGACCAGCUGUUAUUAAGAAUCCUAGGAUGGAUAUAUUGCUUUUAUAAAAUACCUGUAACUGUAGCAAUGAUUCUACCAAUUGAGUGAUCAUACCACUUCCUCCUGUGUCACCUAAUGCCAUGCAUUUAGUUACCAUUUUUGUACAUCUCAUUUAUUUUUUAUUUUUGUACUAUCUGAGAGCUCUUAAAUCUUUAUAUCCGCUCUACGGCUUAUGCACAGUGAGUUGAUGGGUGCAACCAGUUCUUGAACAUCUCCAUAAUCACAGAAUAGAGGGCUCAGGCCAAUCUGAUCCCUGUUGUUCCUGCAAGCCUUGGACUACAGCAUGGUAUGAGGCAGUGUGGAGAAACUUGCAGUAUCAUUUCCAUUUCAGUUCUGUUUUAUAUUUAGACAUACUGGUCAUCUGGAUUCUUUAAUGACUAUUCAAAAUAAAUUGUGAAAAUAAAUGGCAUUACUUUUUAGUUUUAAUGCUGUUCUCUUAUCACAUGCAAAAUGAACAAUUUCCUAAGAAAUACAUGUCAGGCAAGACUUGCAUCUUUUGCAGAUGUGAUUGUCUAUCAGUAUUAGUAUAAAUUAAAUAAUUUUUAACUGUGUUUUUUGAGAACCUCAUCUAUUUAGAGAUUUUAUCAUUUAUAAUAGAGAAUGCAUUGUAUUGGCUUUGCUUUUGCAUUAAAUCAAGUUUCUCAGUAAUUAUAAUAAAUUUCCAAGGUUUAUAUGAGGCAGGAUAUUGGCAUAGUUAUAAAGGCUUAAAUUGAUAUGUCCAUUAAAUCACAUCUUAGGAAGAUUAAUAAUUUCAAAGCCAGUCUUUUUUAUGGAAUAUGUUGUUGAUGUGAUAGUUGUAAUCAGAUUAUAUAUAUACUAUCUUACAGAACCUACUACAAGUCAUAAACCUUCGUGACUGGAUUAAUACAAGUAUUUAGAGAAAGGACAUAACAGUAUUAAAGAUAAUUGGUUCAAAAUUGUGACCCAUUGCUAAGGUACAUUUUUUUUGUAUUACAAAAUGUUUUAUUGUAUAGAGCGAUAUCUGCAUGGUAGCUGACAAAUUAAUUAAUAAGAACCUGCUAAUAAAUGGGGUUGACUGUCUCAGAGCAGCAAGCUAAUAAUAAAUGAGACUCAGUAAGCCCCACGUGAACUACUGAUACUGUCUGUCAGGACAUACUAAUGAUUUAAAAAAUGAUAUUUUGUUAACAGAAUCAGUUAUUAGUGCUUUCAGACAUGGAUGUUGUUCUCUUUGAUUCAAAACAGGCAGGAAUCAUAGUUCUGCUAUAAAUUUCUUGCCAUUUCAAAUGUUCAGCCUACCCCCUUCCACACUUGUGGAGAAUUACAAGAAUAUUUUGUAAUUCUGAGGACAGAUAAUCUGUACCUGUGGAUAGAAAUACAGUUACCUGCUUAUAAUUCCCAAGAAAAGCCUGUGGAACAGCAGUUUAAAAGAAAGAGGAAGAUUUUUUUUCUUUUUUGCAAACACAUUUUUCUCCUUGGAAACAACAAUAUUUCUGUAUUGGAGCUUAUGUCACUUCUGGAAAAGUGGUUAAACAACUCAAGAGAGUAAAGAUUUUUCUCCUUCAAUUUCUGUAGGUUAGGAUAUUUCAGUCAACACCUUGUAUCACUACAUGGAAUAUUAAUUUGAUGAAUAUGUAGCCAUUUCUGUAGUUUCUUAGCAUUAUGUAUUGAAAGAAUAACUUUGAUGUACGAAAUUAUAUAUAUAUGAAAUAUAGAAAUAUCAGUUAAGCUGCUUGGUGUUUCACAUAUUGAAUGGAAGAUAAAAACUUUCUCUACACAGUGGUCUGAUACUGUACAUUUCAUUUAUUUCCUACUCUGCACUAAUUGUACUUUUAUUUAUUCUGUCCAAUUAUAGAUAACAUAGAUAAUCAGAGCAUACUUCUAAUUAAUGAUAGUAGCUUACUUUUUGGUUAAUAAUGGCAUAGAAAACACCAUUGAAAUGUUUAGAGAGGAAUGAAUUUCCAUAUUUACAAAUUGCUGCAAAUAUCAGGACUUAAAAAAUACUUUUUUUUCCAUCUAAACAAAUGUAUUGCAAUUCCAUGUAGGAGGAAUCAGUUUGCUUAACAAGGUUUCAGAACUGCUGUCUGUGUCAUGACAGAAGUUAGACUGUGGUAGUUGGUUUCUUGAGAAAAGUGUUAGCUAUUCAGGACACUAAAAAUUACAGAAAUGCAAAUUUGGUUGAAUAUCUAAUUCUGAAAAGCUGCAUUUUCUUUCUUCCUGAACACUGAGAUAAACAAUUAAGUAUCUUGUAUGUGGGACCAAACCUGCUGGCAAGUAAAGAAGCUGGAUUUCCCUUUUGAUUUUGGGGAAUUUUUUUUUUUUUGUUCCUUUUAAACUGUAAGAAAAAUUGUAUUAAUUCUAAAGCAUAUAUAUGUACAGUAUUCACCUAAGUAUUAAUAAAUGGUUUGUAAUAUUA